AUGGCCGUCUCGACAUGGUCACUUGGUGGAGUCUCUUUCGCCUUUUUGGUUGUUCGCUGUUGGAUCCGUCGUUCCCAGAAGAAGUUCUGGUUUGACGACAUUGUACUCAUUAUCAGCUGGGUAAGUAAGGCGAAAGGUCGAACUGAAUCAUGGAUCGCUGAUAUACCACAGUUUAUGCUCCUUGGUCAACUCAUCUUGAACCAACUCAGCAUCAACCUCGGUUUUGGAAAGCAUGCGCUCGACAUUGACUUCAGCCACUUCGAACGUAUCACGUACUAUGGCGCAUCCGCGCUCACCUUUUCUAUCACGGGCAUCAUCCUUAGCAAGAUCUCGUUCGGGCUCACCUUGCUUCGGUUGACUGACGGAUGGCUGAAGGCCUACGUUUGGUUCGCUAUCGCUACCCUUGCCUUAUUCGCAAUACCAGUUGCGGUCCUCCCCUGGGUACUGUGCAAGCCAAUAACGAAGACCUUUGUUGAUAUCCUUCCCGGCACAUGUAUCGACAAGGAGCCUUCCGUAAUAUACGGAAGAUUCCAGGCUAUAUGGGCUGCCAUCAUGGAUAUUUCUCUAGCAUUGUUGCCUUGGAAGGUCCUCUGGAAUCUACAGAUGCGCACCGCGGAGAAGAUCGGAGUUGGUGUUGCCAUGAGUCUGGGUAUCUUGGCGGGAGUCACAUCUAUUCUCCGAGCCAGAUACGUCGAACAGCUCCAGACCCAGGAUCUUUCCUACCAAGCGUAUAACUCCGUCAUUUGGUCAACAGCAGACACGGCCAUGACUGUUGUUGCCACGUCCAUCCCGGUACUACGUGUCUUCUUCAAGCAAGCGGUCAACACGGCCAUCUCACAUUACCACAACUCAACCAACCGAAGCAACAAAUCGAAAUCUACUGGAACUGGAAGCACUCCUUCCAACCCUAUCAACAACGCAAGCACACUUGCGAAUCAAAGUGCACGACGAUUGAACAAGAACACAUCACGUACAUUGGAGAACACGAGCACAGAUUCAUUAUUCAAAGACGACGACCUGGAGCGUGGCCCCAAGGAGGGUUACAUUGAGUUGGACGAUCUCAUUGUUGACGAGAAGACUGGAAGGGUUUCGGCCGCAACACCCGAGUCAUUGCCAGAGUCCAUGUCACGGGCGCACCUACACGGUGAUGAUUGGCCCUUGGCAGACCAUAUUCAGACGCACAUAGAAGACAUACGGAGGUUGUAA